AUGAAAGGAGUUGGACGACAAUCAUUUCUCGUCGUGUUCGACUUCGACGAUACUAUCGUGGACUGUAAUACGGAUGAGGUGAUUCCUGCCGCUUUGGGUCGUGGUGAUCUUCAACGCGCUCUCAUUGCCGAAGGAAAAAUUCAAUGGACUACGCUCAUUGACACAUUGAUUGCACCUUAUUCACGAGAUGAAAUUGUAAAGGCUGCUGAAGAUAGUGUUAGUAUCGACCAUGAUAUGCCUUCCGUUUUCAACUAUCUGCGAGAGAUGCAAGAGAGGUACAGUGUGCCUCUUUACACUGGGGGUGAAGUCCGAGAAGCGAAAAAAAUUGAAGCUGAGUAUGUACCUAAAUUCCUUGAGGUUGACAUUGUCAGUGCUUCUAACCUGCUCUUUAUUGAGGCCUCACUGCAAGCCCGUCUGCCUGAGAUUUUUGGACUACUUAGACAAGUUCACAGCAACCCGUACUACGAAAUACAUUCUACAGGUGUGAAGACUGCCAAAAGUAAACCCUGCUAUGAAACUUAUAUUCCAGAAUUGAGUAUUAAUGAAGCAGACGAGGCAGAACGAGAUGGAAUUUACAAUGCGCAAAAAACUCGACGCUCACGUGUUUCCUGGUACGAACCCCUUGGUAAUAUUUGUGAGGGCUGCCUUGAACUUGGGGUGCAGACCAUAUGCAAAUCCAAGGCCAUGCAUCGCAUCCUCAGCACAACCUCGCUAAUCGAUCCCACCAUUAUCUAUGUUGGAGAUGGUCUCAAUGAUAAUUGCCCCGUAAUGAGUGUGUUAAGACCACGCGAUUUUGUAUUCGCGCGGCGUAACUUUCGGUUACAUAAGGUUCUGAGUAAUGGCCAUGGUGGGUGCUGUAGCGUUGGACUUUGGGAAAACGCAAAAGAAUUGCUUCAGCUCUUCCAGACUGUGAUGGAGAACUCCACCAUCCGUUUGCCUACCAUGGUGAGGUUUCGUGACGUGAGUAAUUAUGAAUUUCGUACGGUAACUCUCGAAAAACGCACGGUCGAUAUUCUGAAACGCGCAAUGAGUGCCAAUAAGGAUCAUUUAUCAGCGUCUGGAGUAAAGCGUCUAGAGGAGUUGAUAAAGAGUAUCCGAUCUAACGGGGUUGUUCCAGCACUUCCUGGUCAACGUAUAGUGCCGACUUGGCUGCGAAACUACGCCUUCGUCGCGGAGCACGAUCGUUGUCCAGUGAAGCCUCAGGAUCGUGCUGAAUGGGUUACCUUGAAGGAGGAACUAAGCAUUUGCGGCCAGAGUGAGCGUGUGUUGCCGGUCCCGCGUUGGGGGCAGAUUCCUUGGCUUCUCGGUGAAAUUCUCCUUCAGCACAUUUAUUGGCAGUAUGUUAUGCUCAAAGAGGAGCCUGCCGUUCCGAUUGCCAAAGUGAAAAUGUCGGGGGAUGGCGACACCUCUCAGGAUGAAAGAAACACCCAAAGAGGUGUGGUAAAUCUCAUCACACCUUACAUCAUGCAUAACCCCCUUUUCUCGCAGGAGUGCAAAGUUGCGCGAACGUCAGGUAUGUUUAGCCCAGGUAUUAAUUCCUACCAAAACUUAAAUACCGAAUUUCUGGUACGUUCACCUCUGGUGGCGCAAGACGGUAUAGUUGUGCAGGUGUUUUAUCCCAAUCACACUUCAUCUUCCCAGGAGAAAGCGCAAACAAAGAAAACAGGCUGGGGGGAAACACUACCCUACACGCGUUUGGUGGAUCCUGUAGGCGACUCUAUCCUUUAUCUCGAAAAUUCAUCGAUGGCAUCCGCAAGCCGUGCUGGAGGAGAAGCGAGCAGUGUGUUUGCACCCUAUCGCGAUAUAUUUUUGCAGGAAAAGGAAGGGCUUACCAAAAACUUUGUUAAAACUCGAAUCGUACCGAUUCUGGCUUGCGAGCCAUGGGGAGCGUCGCUUGAGUUUGUUGACGUGCUGCUGCGGUGGAUGCUUUGGGGUAAUGGCCUUGAUUUGUCCAUGUUUACACUAGAGGAGCUGAAGAACACACAGGGAGGAUCCCAUGGGAGACGAGACAAAGGUCGUAAUGAUGGUUUAAGCACCAGUGAGAACGUUAUGGCACAAGAGCAAACGGAUGGACUGCGUGAUGUGGAAGCACUUAUUGUGAAAAAGAAAGACGAUCAUAUCAUUGGGAAUGACCUCGAGUGUCUUGCUCACUAUAUCAAAUCUGUUCUUCGUUGUCAACAAGCCCGAGCCUUGACUAAAUCUUCCUCGUCCACAGCGAAUCACCAAGCCGUAAGUUCAUCCGAUGCCACCACCGCUGCAGUUGAAGAGCCACCUUGCCAGAUCGAUAUUGUUAUGGACAACGUCGGCGUGGAGUGUAUCUCCGAUCUGUGCUUUGGUUUAUGGUUUAUCCAGCAAGCGGCAUCCAACGGAUCGCCGGCAGGAUCUGUGGUGUACCACGUGAAACCUCAUCCGUACUACAUAUCCGAUGUUACAGCCUGCGACUUUAAUAGGAUGUUUACCCUUUUGGAAACCUUCUACAACAAUUCGGAAAAGGAUACCGCUUUUUCAGAUGAGGAAAGGGAAUUUAUUCGAAGUGCAUUGGAGCCCUUUAUAAGCCGCGUGCGUGCGGCUUUUAAGGAGGGGCGCUUUCGCAUUGAUGCCGAUACAGCGUGGACUCAGCCAUGUGAAUACCGUGACCUUCCACCUCGUCUGAUAAACCGCUACUUUUUCUCACAGCGCGUGACCGAGGCACGCUCGACCAUCCCUGGGAUGUUGAAUCCAGAAGUGGGGACCUCUAAAAUCUCUGCCAGUGAGAUUUUCCGCAUGAACAAAGCGCACUUUGCGGCUCGGACCUCGCUGGUGAUCUUCAAGGGUGACCUUAACUACCGCCGGGUUGUGGGAGAUCGCCAUUGGGACCGAGAUGAUUUUAUGACCUCGCUGGAUUUGGCGUCUGCGGGGCCCGCGGUGGAGGAGGUGGUGCAGGACACCCCGACGGCGGCCCCCAGCUUCCGGGACAUCGUCUCUGCGUACUGGCCGACACACGUGGUGCCGGUCUGCUGCAUCCGAACGAUCAAAAGCGAGUGCUGUGUAGGCGUCCCCAAGGCCGUGAAGGAGGCCUUGGACAGGAAUUACGGCACCCACCGUCGCGGAGAACCGUCCGAGGGCGGCAAUUCGAUGGGAAGAUCCUGGUCCCUUACGGGUAAAGAAGGUUUAAUUCUGUUUGCUAAUUAG